AUGAAGGCCUACUUCGUCCUUUUGCUUUCGUUUCUCGUCAGCUUCACCGCUGCUGCUGACUGGACCCCCACCUACUGUAACAAGACCAACCCAUGUCCAGAAGAACUCCCCUGCUGCUCCCAGUACGGUAUGUGUGGAACAGGCUCGUACUGCUUGGGUGGAUGUGACAUUCGUUUUUCUUACAACUUAUCUGCGUGUAUGCCAAUGCCUCGUAUGGAAUCCUUCGAGGAUUCAUUCAAGAACAUUGACCACAUUGAAAAACUGACAAGCUACUUGGGUAACUACACUGAGGCCGACUGGGUGUACACUGGCCACAUUGCUAACCAUGAUGAUGCGCUUUUGUUGCAGAUGCCCAACCAAUCCACUGGCGCCGUGGUGUCGAGUACUAGGUAUCUUUGGUACGGUAAGGUUGGUGCUACUGUGAAAUCAUCUCGUGGUGGUGGUGUGAUUUCUGCAUUCAUCACUUUCUCCGACGUUCAGGAUGAAAUCGACUUCGAGUGGAUCGGUUACGACUUGAAAAACACUGAAACCAACUACUACUACCAGGGUGUGUUGAAUUACACGAACAUGAAGAAGGCCGAGACUUCCAACACCUUCGAGAACUAUCACUACUACGAAAUUGACUGGUCUGAGGAGGAGCUUACUUGGUCAAUUGACGGUGAGCCCGUGCGUACGUUGAAGAAGUCAGACACUUACAACCUGACAACCAAAAAGUACAUGUAUCCACAAACUCCGUCUAGAAUUCAGUUUUCCUUGUGGCCUGGUGGAGCGGCUUCCAACGCCAAGGGUACAAUAGAGUGGGCCGGUGGUCCAAUUGACUGGGACUCUGAGGACAUUAAAAAAACUGGCUACUAUUACGCCUACGUGAAGAAUGUGACUGUCGAAACUUACGACUUGCCUUCGUGGGUUAAAAAGAACGCCAGCAACGACACCAAGGGUUAUCAUGCCUUCUUGUACAAUUCCACAGACGGUAUAGAGAACGACAUUUUCUUGACCAAGAAGAAGACUUGGUUGGGAUCAGGCGACGCGACAGGGUUCGACCCUGAGAACGAGGACGAGGUUGAAACCGUGUCAUCGGGGUCUUCCACUGUCACCAAGACAAAAUCUAGAACUAAAGACAGUACUGUUGACGUGCCUACAGGUGCUGGGAACGGAAAUAUUGCUGCUGGAGGAGGUGGUGGGAGAACCACCUCAGCUGAGUACACUGGUGGUUUCGUUCAAAAUUCUCAUGCUACGGGCUCUAGCGGCAAAUCCUCGGGUUCUUCUGGUUCGGGAUCCAGUUCCGGCGCUCCUUCAUAUACAAUCGAGAGAAUCCUUUCUCUCGCUGCUGGUGUGAUGGGAAUUGUAUUCACUUUUGCAUUCUAA